AUGGACGUCAAGUCGUUACCAGAUUUCGGGUUUUUUCCAUAUGCCGAUUCAUCCAUCGAGCCUAAAGAAGUACUGCCAUCAGAUGAUCCACUCACCGUCAACAAUUCAUCCUCAUGGACAUACUGCGGACCUCUCUUGACCCUCGAAGCAUGUAACCUGCCAUCCUCCUUUAAUACCUGGGCCCAAGCCACAAUCAGCGGCUCAAUACUGCCCUCCUUAUUCGCCUUCCUGGCAUACGCCCACAACUUCCUGACCCAAAACAACCAAUCUCACUACUGGCUCACCAUCCGCGCAAGCAAAGGCUCCGACGAAUUCGAUACUCCUCGCUGGCACACAGAUGAUCUAUUCUUCUCACCUCGCCAACCAGCAAAACAUCCAUACCGCGUAUCCCUCCUUUCACCGCUAACUAGUAUACUCAAACCCCAUCGGACAGGACCAAGCGAAACAAAGCCGCACCCGGUCUCCAAAUCACACGCACAGAAACAUGAGUGUCGCCCCCAAACUACCGUCCAGAUCCAAUCUACAAGCCCUCACCCAACAAACUGGAAACUUACAACUACCCUCCUAGGCCCCGGAACCCUGUUCAUCCCGCAGAAGACGAAUCGCCUAGCGCGCGCCACACAACACGCCGCCAAAGCCGCCGCUCGUGCCACAAACCCGGGCCACAUAUGUCUCUCAGUGCGGUGUGUCGGAUGCGCUAUGGCGGCGGAGUCAGUGCGCGCGAAGCUAGCCGUUGAGCUGGGCGGAUAUGGGACUGUCCAGGCGGGGCCUGGGGAGUGUGUUUUCUUCCGGGUUGGUGAGGACGAGGGGGCGGUGCAUUCUGAGCCGCAGUCGCAUGGAGAUCGGAUUUUCGUUAAUCUUGUUCCUGGCCAUGAGGCGGAUCUUAGGGCUCUCAUGGCGAAGUGGGGGAUGGAGUAUCCGCGGGCUUGGUGUGUGGGAUUGCCGUUAAUGCUUGGGGAGGCGGAGGAGAGUUUGAGGGAUGUUGAGGGCGAGAUUUGA